GUAGGGUCAGAAAUGGAUAGGAGCACCUGGCACAGUAAGCGAAGACGUGGGCGAAGCCGCCAGCACAGCCCGGCCCUCAGGCCGUGUGAUUCUAGUGAGAGGUACAACACAAGGGCAUCACAGGGCCCGCAAGAUUCUGGCCACCCUGAUGCUGAGUCCCUGUCAGCCUCGUCCAGCACAACUGCAGAAUCUUCUGCGCCAGACCUUCCAGGUUUUUACUUCGACCCUGAAAAGAACCGCUACUUCCGCUUGCUCCCCGGUCAUAACAACUGCAACCCCCUCACGAAGGAAGGCAUCCGGUACAAGGAGAUGGAGACCCGAAGGCUGCAGCUGCUGCAGCAAGAGGACAAGCACAGAAAGAAAAUUACCAGAAUGGGAUUUAAUGCAUCUUCCAUCCUACGAAAAAACCAGCUGGGUUUUCUCAACUUCACCAGUUACUGUCGGUUAGCCCAUGAGCUUCGGGUGAGCUGCAUGGAGAGGAGGAAGGUGGAGAUCCAGACCUCAGAUCCAUCUGCGCUGGCGAGUGAUCGCUUUAACUUCAUCCUGGCAGAUACUAACAGUGAUCGCCUCUUCACCGUGAAUGAUGUCAAAAUCGGAGGCUCCAAGUACGGCAUCAUCAGCCUGCAGGGUCUGAAGGCGCCCACAUUCACGGUGCACAUGCACGAAAACCUGUACUUCACCAACAGGAAGGUGAACUCGAUGUGCUGGGCCUCCCUCAAUCACUUGGAUUCCCACAUUCUGUUGUGCCUCAUGGGCCUUGCAGAGACGCCCGGCUGCGCCACCUUGCUCCCAGCGUCACUGUUUGUCAGCAGUCACCAAGCAGGCACAGACCAGCCUGGCAUGCUCUGCAGUUUCCGAAUCCCUGGUGCCUGGUCCUGUGCCUGGUCCUUGAACGUCCAGGCAAGUAACUGCUUCAGUACAGGUUUGUCUCGGAGGGUCCUGUUGACCAACGUGGUGACAGGACAUCGGCAGUCAUAUGGGACCAACAGUGAUGUCUUGGCCCAGCAGUUUGCAGUCAAGACUCCUUUGCUGUUUAAUGGUUGCCGUUCUGGUGAGAUCUUUGCCAUUGACCUGCGUUCUCCAAGUCAAGCCAAUAGCUGGAAGACCACGCAAAUUUUCCAUGACUCAGCAGUGACCUCUGUGCGUGUCCUCAAGGAGGAGCAAUAUGUGCUGGCAUCAGACAUGGCUGGAAAGAUCAGGCUGUGGGACCUACGGGCCACUAAGUGUGUGAGGCAGUAUGAAGGUCACGUGAAUGAGUAUGCCUACUUGCCCCUACAUGUGCACGAGGAGGAAGGGAUCCUGGUGGCAGUGGGCCAAGACUGCUACACAAGAAUCUGGAGCCUGCAUGAUGCCCAGCUGCUCAGAACCAUACCUUCCCCAUACCCAACAUCCAAGGCCAACAUUCCCAGUGUGGCCUUCUCUCCUCAGCUCGGGGGUCCCCAGGGAGCUCCAGGGCUGCUCAUGGCUGUCCAGCAGGACCUUUACUGUUUCUCCUACAACUCCUCUUCCCCAGGCAGCCUGGGGGAAGGCAGGUGGGAAUGAGUGGCAGCAGCUCUGUUUCUAAUGACAUUGUAAGCGGUGCUUGGAGUUCAGAUGGAGUUCUUCAGCUUCAGCGGGCAGA